AUUACCUAGCAAGCCAGGAGUAGCCAGAUCUCAGCCGAAAACCAAGCUCACUGAUGACUGAAUCACUGUCCAUCCACACUAAUCAAUCGACCGUUGAUUAAUUAAUCCAAUAAUAAUCGGACGGCUGACCUUCUCCCACACCUUCUACCUUUUUAUCGUACCCUCUUCUUCCACGCUUUAUCUCUUUCCCCACUUUCCUUCUCUCCACUUCUUCCUUUCCCUUAUCGGACUCCGUUGUCCAUCCCUGCGAUGGAUCCGAAUCCACUUCUCCUCCUCGCCCUCCUCGCCCUCGCCGUCGCCGAGCCUCCGCCUUCAGAACGGUCAGCGCUCCUCUCCUUCCUCUCUAAAACCCCACACGAAUCUCGCAUCCAAUGGAACUCCUCCACUCCCACCUGCAGCUGGGUCGGCGUCACCUGCGACCCCAACGCCACCACCGUCAUCGCCCUCCGCCUCCCUGGCACCGGCCUUGUCGGUCCCAUCCCCUCUUCCACCCUCUCCAACCUUCCCUCCCUCCGCAUCCUCUCUCUCCACUCCAACCGCCUUUCCGGUCCCCUCCCCUCCGACUUCUCCAACCUCACUCUCCUCCGCAGUCUCUACCUCCACAACAACCUCCUUUCUGGUCCUUUCCCUCCGGCGAUCCCCCUCUUUCCCCACCUCACCCGCCUCGAUCUCUCCGGCAAUAACUUCUCCGGCGAGAUCCCAUUUUCCCUCAACAACCUCACUCACCUCUCCCGUCUUUUCCUUCAACAUAACCACUUCUCUGGCUCUCUCCCCAGCAUCGACCUCGUCUCUCUCACCUCCUUCGACGUCUCCUACAAUGCCCUAAACGGAUCGGUCCCCAGAUCGCUGGAUCGCUUCCCGGAGUCCUCAUUCACCGGGAAUCUCGACCUUUGUGGUAGCCCCCUGCCACCAUGUACCCCCUUCUUCCCGGCUCCCGCUCCGGCUCCGGAGGUGCCAACCAAGUCCUCAAGCGGUGGUCUCUCUAAGAAAGCGAUCAUCGGGAUCUCAGUCGCCGGUGGCUUAAUUGUAAUUAUCUUGCUCACCGUCCUACUGGUCUGCUGCUUUUUCCGGUGCUGCCACCGAAGGUCGCGAGACAAGCCGAAGCCUGACGUUCCUCCGCCGCCACCGCCGCCGGUGGUCUCGGGAGGAGGGGAAUCGUCAAGAGCCACGGCAGAGGUUGACGAUGGGGAAACGAACCGUCUAGUGUUCGUGGGGAAACGGGGAUACGGGUUCGAUCUGGAGGAUUUGCUCCGCGCUUCUGCGGAGGUAUUAGGGAAAGGCAGUGUUGGGACGUCGUACAAGGCGGUGUUGGAGGACGGGACCACCGUCGUCGUUAAACGCCUUAAAGACGUUUCUGCCCCUAAACCCGAUUUUGAAGCACACGUGGAGAUCAUAGGCCGGCUGGAUGAGCACCCCAAUGUCCUCCCUCUCAGAGCUUUCUACUACUCUAAAGAUGAGAAGCUUCUCGUCUACGAUUACCUCCCCUCCGGCAGCCUCUCUGCCCUCUUACACGGAAGCCGGGGAUCAGGACGAACGCCAUUGGACUGGGAGAGCCGAGCUCGGAUAGCAAUGGCGGCAGGGAAAGGCCUCGCGCAUCUCCACUCUGCCGGCAUCGUCAACGGCAACAUCAAAGCCUCUAACGUCAUCCUCCGACCUGAACCUGACUCCGCUGCAAUCUCCGACUUCGGCCUCACCCCUAUCUUUCCCCCUUCCACCGUCUCCCGUGCCUCCGCCGGCUACCGUGCCCCUGAAGUCACAGCCACCUUGAAAGUCACCUUCAAGUCCGAUAUCUAUAGCCUUGGUGUUCUCAUCCUCGAGCUCCUCACAGGCCGUGCUCCCAACCAGGCCGUGACGGUGGGCGGCGGUGAGGAUGAGGGCGUCGUCGACCUUCCUCGCUGGGUGCAAUCGGUUGUGAGGGAGGAGUGGACCGCCGAGGUGUUCGACGCUGAGCUUAUGAGGUAUCCUGGCGUUGAAGAGGAGAUGGUGGGGCUUCUCCAGGUGGCCAUGGCCUGCGUCUCCACCAUGCCGGACUCCCGACCAGACGCUGCCGAGGUCGUUCGCAUGAUUAAGAACGUCGUCGGCCGCACCGACGACGAGGAUGGUAAUGUCCCGUCGAGAGGUGGCUCCGGCGCCCCCUCUCCCCCGCCUGCUUCCACGCCUUGAGGUAAACAAAUUAGAAUUGAAUAAAAGAAAUUGUUUUUAUUCAAAAAAAAAAAGUUUCAUUUUUAUUUGGGUUUUUUUUUUUUGUUUGUUUAAUUUAUGGGGGUUGUAUUUGUUUGGGUGUUGAUUGGGGGAACGAGCAAAAAGGUUGUCAAAUUAUCCAUUCUUUUAGUGGAUAUAUGUAAUAUAUCCUUCUUUGAUUCUUUCCGUUUA